AUGGCCGUCAUCGAGUUCCUCGAGCGGCACAUAUACCACAAUGAGCCGCCCGAUUUGCAGUCGCGGAUCGAGACGAACCCAACUCUGAUCGUGUCUUGGUGGUGCACAUUGUUCUCCCUCACAGCCAUCCUGAUCCGUAUCUUGGGACGUUGGGUGCGCACCGAAAGAUUGUUCCUCGAAGACUGGAUCAUGUUCUACAGCAUCGUCCCCCUCAUGAUUCGCAUGGGACUCGUCCAUGUCGUUCUAAUCUGGGGGACCAACAACACAACAACGGAGGGACUGACGCCUUUGCAAAUACACCAUCGCGAGAUUGGAAGCAGAUUGGUCCUGGCCGCUCGGAUAUUUUACGCCGCAUUCAUUUGGGUGGCUAAACUCACCGUGCUCGAGUUUCUCAAGCGCCUCAUUGGAAAGUCGUGGGCCAAGUCGUACGAGAUCGGACUCCGGCUCAUUUAUGGUUUCCUGGUCGCCACCUUUAUUGCGGUUGUCAUCGGUACACUGUCUGAAUGCCAGCCUUUCUCGCACUACUGGCAGGUCGUCCCAGACCCCGGGCCCCGUUGCCGAGAAGGACUGGUGCAACUGAUUGUCAUGGGAGUGUGCGAUAUCGUCUCCGAUGUGGUCCUGAUCAUUUUCCCCAUUCCUCUGGUCUUGCAAUCCUCAAUGCGCGUCCGCAAAAAGAUAUCGCUCGUCCUUCUCUUCCUUCUGUCAACCAUUCUCAUCGCCAUCACCGCCUAUCGAGUCCCGUCUACCAUCUCACGACGCUCCUCACAGCAGUAUCGGUCGCUAUUGGCGUCGCUGGAAAUCCUGGCCGCCGCAGGGGUAUCAAAUGCCAUCGUCAUUGGCAGCUUCAUUCGUGACCGAGGCGUGAAGAAGGCUAAAUUCAGAGCGGCGUCCUUGCAAGACGACACAAGUUCUCUAGGCCGGCAACCUACAAGAACUCGGACUAUAUCUGUCACUCAACAUCACUGGGGUUCUGAUGAAGAUCUGGCCAGGGGUGUGGGUGUCGCACUGCCCGCCGUACUGCGGCGCGGCACCUAUACGGAACAGACGCCUCGCUUGGCCGAAGCAGCUCUGCCACAAAAGUCCCCCGAUGUCAACAUCGAGCCCGGCGACCAAAUCCAACACACUCCAUUCGCCUCAAGAUGGAAUUUCGCAGAGGCAUCUCGUAGUCGCAGAAAAUCCUCCCUGGAUACCCUCAGCAGCACCUCCACAGCCAACAUUCGAUUGCGCGAUAUGAAUUUCCAAUCUGAGGAACCCCCCAAAGGGGAAGACGACAUUGAGUACGCAGAACCCGACACACCAAGCAGAAUGGGCUUCUUCGACGUCGGUGGCUUGGUCGAUCAACCGCCCAAUGAGUCACCAAUGUCUCGGUCUCGCCAGGCAUCCAUCCAAGAAGUUUCUCGUCGCUUGUCCCAACCCCAUCACAAUGGUGUCAGGUCCGGUUCGAAAGCGUUCCUUUCCGAUAUUGGGGGCCUCCUAUCCCGACCCUUACGGAUACGCGAAGAGGACGAGUUCCAUUCCACUUCAACAGCGUCGCCGAGACAGACGAGCAGUCCCGGUCGUUCGCCGAUGAGGACUGAGAAGAGAAAGUCAUCCCAUCGGAAUCGCUUGUCUUCGCAGCCGGAGGAUAUGCAACCUAUUCGAUCGGCGAGGCCGAGCGGGCCUGAUGACUUGAGUAUCUCGGAUGCAGGGGGGUUACUACGAUGA